AUGGCGGCCAAGGUUACCCCUUAUUUCAUACUGACCGCAGGGGGUCUGACAGCCUCAACUCCGCCCGAAGAUGACGACGCGGAAUAUGUGACUGAAAGCCUGGCCAAGAUAUCGCGUCAUGGGCGAAUACCUAAUGGCAACUCACAAACAAAGAAACUUAUUUCUUUCACGAGAAACGAGAUGACACAAAAACGGAUGGACUUAAUCCGCCAGAGGCUUGAAGAGUCACGUGUACGUUACACUGAUGCUUGUAAGACAGCCUCCUUGGAUGGAAGCCGUGUAAGCAGAAGUCAUACCAAAUUGACAGACAGGUCUGAAAGGGCGGUACCCAAGAUCGGUGACAACAUUACUCCACACACUUAUGGAAUGCCUGAAAGUCCUGAGACCAAACUCAGAUCAAAGAUCCAACAGAAAAAGGUGGAGAUGGUACCAUUAUCCAAUAGCAAAACUGCCGAGUCAACUAAAGGGUCAUUUCCGUAUGUGUAUUUUGUCGUUUCUGUUGACCGAACACAGAACCAAGCAAAUAGCAUCCAGGAAUCGUUUGACGAAAUCCAGUCGAAGGAUAGUAAAAAAUACCGUUCUUCACUCUUGUCACGAAUGCAGAAGCGCUAUAUAAAAGAAGACGAUAGGACGAAAAUGCAACAGAUUGCCGGUGAAGUAGGUCUGAAGUCAGAUGUCGUGCCACCUCCUUCCCGAUCAUCGGUUUCUCAGCGGACAAUUUCGUUUCCAUCGUCUCACCAAUCGACGUCUCCACCACGGAAUCCUCCCGCCACCCCGGCCACAAUCGGCUCGGCCUGUCAUUUCCAAGACAGUGACAAUGUGUCUCUGGAUCUCAAAGGAGGCAAGAUGUCGUCUAUCGACCUCGCCGAUAUAAGCAUCAUAGGGACAAGUCGUCCUUCUACAAAACACAUGUCUACUCGUGUCCUGGAGCUGCCUUACAUGUCGGUGGAAAUCCAGAGGAAAAACCUGGGUACGGCUAGUGCUAGCACCACAGAGUCCAAGUCUAUGGAGUUAGUCUCAAAAUCUUCAUUGUCGUCACAGGAAUCCGAAAACCGCAGGGUACAUUUUUCGGAGACAAUCGACUUGCCCAUGAUUAAAGGCAGUCGUAUCGUUAUCACACCAACGAUUCCAACACAGUUGUCACCACGCCCUUCAACCAUGCCGACUUUGUUGGGCAAAAAGGAGGCUGAGUUCAAGGAAAAUUUCAAAGAGGCAUAUGAACGCCAGAAACAAUACCGACAUCAAACUCCCGGUACACCAAGACCAAGGAAAAUUGGCACCCCGCUGACUCUUCCAAAAAUAGAUAUUGUAUCCGGGGUUUACGAUGAACUUGUUAUCAAAGCUAUCGAAUCGUAUGUUCGGGACUUUCCGCCUGCUUCUAAACAAGGCCAGGUGGCUCGUCAGCUGCUCAAGCAAUUACAUGAGAGAUCAAUCUCUGCGGCGGACCUCUCGCGCAUGGAGGACCAAAGAAUGCGAGGACACAAAAAACUAAGCAUCAAGGAACUCCCUGACGAUAACGGCAAAGAUAGAAAGGUUGAAUACAAAAAGGAGAGGAGUAACGGUGGCGCUGGCAAACCGGGGCAUAAAGCUAAGGAACGAAUGUACAGCACAAUAGCGCCCACGUGUUUCAAAAUGGCUAACCCAGGUGGGUUGGAUGGAAUGAGUGCUUCUUCUGGAACAUCAAAACAAAGCAAGAAAAGUGCGGAGAGAACAGGUAAAGCAGAAGUAAAGUAA